AUGUUUUCUAGAUUGCCAACCUUUUUGGCCAGAAAUGUCUCACGUCGUGCUCCAACCUCUUUUGUUAGACCCUCAGCAGCAGCUUUGAGGUUCUCUUCUACAAAGACAAUGACGGUCAGAGAGGCUUUGAACACAGCCAUGGCGGAAGAAUUGGACCGUGACGACGAUGUCUUCCUCAUUGGUGAAGAGGUCGCCCAAUAUAACGGUGCUUACAAAGUGUCUAAAGGUUUAUUGGACAGAUUCGGUGAGCGUCGUGUAGUUGAUACACCUAUUACCGAAUACGGGUUGACAGGUUUGGCCGUGGGUGCUGCUUUGAAAGGUUUGAAGCCAAUUGUGGAGUUCAUGUCGUUCAAUUUCUCUAUGCAAGCCAUUGACCAUGUUAUUAACUCUGCUGCCAAGACUCACUACAUGUCUGGUGGUACUCAGAAGUGUCAAAUGGUCUUUAGAGGCCCUAACGGUGCUGCUAAGGGUGUCGGUGCCCAACAUUCGCAGGAUUUCUCUGCUUGGUAUGGUUCCAUCCCCGGGUUGAAAGUCCUUGUUCCUUACUCUGCCGAAGAUGCCAGAGGUUUGCUUAAGGCCGCCAUCAGAGAUCCAAACCCUGUUGUCUUUUUGGAAAACGAGUUGUUGUACGGUGAAUCCUUUGAAAUCUCAGAAGAUGUUUUGUCGCCAGAUUUCACUCUGCCAUAUAAGGCUAAGGUCGAAAGAGAAGGUACUGAUAUUUCUAUUGUUACAUACACAAGAAACGUUCAAUUCUCUUUGGAAGCCGCCGAAAUCUUGCAAAAGGAGUACGGUGUCUCUGCAGAAGUCGUCAACUUGCGUGCAAUUAGACCUUUGGAUACUGAAGCCAUCAUCAAAACAGUCAAGAAAACAAACCACUUGAUCACUGUGGAAUCGACUUUCCCAACCUUCGGUGUCGGUGCUGAGAUCGUCGCCCAAGUCAUGGAAUCAGAAGCGUUUGAUUAUUUGGAUGCUCCAAUCCAAAGAGUCACUGGUGCUGAUGUUCCAACACCAUAUGCCAAGGAAUUGGAAGAUUUCGCCUUUCCAGAUGCUCCAACUAUUGUUAAAGCAGUUAAAGAAGUCUUGUCUAUCGAAUAA